CUUUCUUGUUUUAAUAGUGUAUGAAAUUAGGUUAAUUUUAAUCAUCAGAAACUACAUUUAAUACUUAAGAAUAUACUAAUGUGACAGAUAAAAAUGACAUAUCCCAAAAUUUAAAUUUAAGAGAUGCAUAAAAUUUAUAUACUUGUGAUUAAUAAUCUGACGAGUCUUUUGAAUUAGUCAUACUUAGCAAUCAAAACCCCGAAAACGAAUGGAUAAAAAAAGAGUAAUUAAUAGUAGUAUAUUUAAAAUAAUUGGGUAUACAAAUGAAAACAGACCCUUUAGAAAAUCAAGAGAGGUUUUAUAAAAAACCUAAGAGAAGAGUGAAUAAGUCCAGCACUAUGUCAUUUAAUACUAUAUAAAAUAAUGAAGAAAAUGAUAAUAAAGAAUCAACAGGGAACACUGUUCAAUAGAUGAGCAUAGAAAUGAAUUCAAUAAAAUAAAGAAGAACUCCAAAUACUACUCCUUAAAGUUCUCCAUUAAUUAUGAAAAACUUGGUGUAGUAAGAAUCACCAUAAAAAUAAAGAAUGUCAAUAUUUUAAAAGAUGAAAAACUAAUAAUAACCAUUCUCUUCUGAUGAAGAAGAGAUUAAACACAACAUUAAAAGAAAUUAACAUCAAUUAAGCGAUGAAAAGUAUGAUGGAAAAAAAGAUUCUUGUAAGAAUAUUAUCGAGAAAAGUUAUUUCUAAAAUUUAUGUGAAUGA